AUGGGCUGGAAUAAAUGGAGUGGUAAUGGUCAAAAGGACGAGGCUCCUGCUUCUCCGCCCGCAGACGGUUCGAAUGUGAAGCCUGCAAAGCUCCCUGCGCAAUUACAAGAGCUAGUUGACCAGGAUGAUUCCUACGAAGAUGAUUACGCUCCAUACUCCGUCGACUCAACCGACACCGCAUACCGUUAUGCGGCUUACGGUAGCCGCGUUCGCACAAUACUACUCUCUGCCCACCGUUAUGUCGCCUACACAUCAGACAUAGGCGAGUCGUUUCGCCCUGUCGCGCACCCUUGGCUUAUUCGAUCCGCCUACGGCAUCUCCUGGGCCUACCUCAUCGGCGACGUGAGUCACGAAGGCUACAAGGCUUAUCUCCGAAACCGUCGCGCACUCGUCUCACCCGGCGAAGCCUACAAGGACGCCAGCGAUGUCCCACAAACACAGAUCAUUCAGGGUAUGGCGACUGGAAACCUUUCUCGCCCGCUGAAUGGCUCCAAGGACCUGGAGCCCUGGUCUACAACUGAAAUUUCGCUGGCGGAGGAUUAUCGUAUGGUCAUGGCCAAACGCGCUAUUUUCCAAAGUAUCGCCAGUAUGGGUUUGCCCGCACUUACUAUUCACAGCGUGGUCAAGUACUCUGGGCGCAUGCUGAAGGGCGGCAAGCCUAACCUUUUCCGUACCUGGACUCCCAUUGGUCUCGGUCUCUCUGUCGUUCCCUUCCUUCCAUACAUUUUCGAUCACCCUGUUGAAGAGGCUGUUGACUGGGCAUUCGGCACUGCACUUCGCGUGUACGGCGGCGAAGAUGCUGUUCGUCCAUUGCCGCCUCAUGCUCAUGCUCGUGGCAGUGGCAGUGCCAGCGGGGAGAGCCCAGUGACAACAGCUGCGGCGCAGCUUUCCUGGGAAGAAUACAAAACUGAACGCGAAAAGGUCCGUGAGCUUCGUCGGGAACAGCAGGUUGGGGAUUCGUCAAAGUGGAGCAGACUCACAUCGUGGUUUAACGACAAGUCGAAAAAAGAUUAA